UGCGCGCGACCGAAGCGCGCCGGCUAGUGGCGUCACAGUUAAAGAUGCUGCGACUCGAGCAGCUCUGGCGCCUGUGGCGGCGGCCUCGGGCGGCGGGGGUCUUCGCGGGAAACCUCAGCCGCAGGGAGGUGGCUUCUGGCGUCUUUCCCCCGGGUGGUGCCUCGCCUAGAGCUCUGAAUAUCUUCGACCGGAAUUUGAAGAGGAAACAGAAGAACUGGGCCGCUCAGCAGCCCGAGCCGAAGAAGUAUGACUACCUGAAGGAGGAGGUUGGAAGUCGGGUUGCAGACCGUGUAUAUGACAUAGCCAGAGAUUUCCCCCUUGCUUUGGAUGUUGGUUGUGGAAGAGGUUACAUAGCACAACAUUUGAAUAAGGAAACUGUUGGGAAGUUUUGCCAAGCAGACAUUGCAGAAAAUGCUUUGAAAAACAGAAUAGAAACGGAAAUUCCUACUCUCAGCGUUUUAGCUGAUGAAGAAUUCCUUCCCUUCCGAGAAAAUACAUUUGACCUGGUGGUUAGCAGUUUAAGUUUGCACUGGGUGAAUGACCUUCCUAGAGCACUUGAACAGAUUCAUUAUGUUUUAAAACCAGAUGGAGUAUUUAUUGGUGCGAUGUUUGGAGGCGACACUCUCUAUGAACUUCGGUGUUCCUUACAGUUAGCAGAAACGGAAAGGGAAGGAGGAUUUUCUCCACAUGUUUCGCCUUUCACCGCAGUCACUGAUCUAGGACAUCUUCUUGGGAGAGCUGGCUUUAACACACUGACUGUGGACACUGAUGAAAUUCAAGUUAACUAUCCUGGAAUGUUUGAAUUGAUGGAAGAUUUACAAGGUAUGGGUGAGAGUAACUGCUCAUGGAAUAGAAAAGCUCUACUGCACCGAGACACGAUGCUGGCGGCUGCUGCGGUCUACAGGGAAAUGUACAGAAAUGAGGAUGGUUCACUACCUGCCACGUAUCAGAUCUAUUACAUGAUAGGAUGGAAAUAUCAUCAUUCACAGGCAAGACCAGCUGAAAGAGGUUCCGCAACCGUGUCGUUUGGAGAACUAGGAAAAAUAAACAGUCUUGUGUCACAGGGGAAAAAGUCAAAAUAAAUAUUUUAUUUACUAUUAAUGCAGUCAGAAUUUUCAUCAGAAAUUGGUAGCUUUCACAUCUAUAAUCACAUUUUGAAGCAAGAAACAACACAUAACUACUUAUUAAUAAAAAAAAAAACUUAUUAAUAGGCCUGAGUAAUUAACCUAUUUCCACAUCUGUAUUUAGUAGCCAUUUCAGUUUGACAUGGUUUCUGUGUUCAGGUGAGUACUGUUAUUUGCAGAUUCAGCCUAAAAGCAGAGGAAACAUUUCCCUGAAAAUUUCACAGGUAUGUUUGUGUAUGUAAAUGCCUGACUCCAUGGAGAAACAUUACUCAUGUGACAGCUCCAUUUCUCCUCUUCACUCUUGUUAUUUCCAUGGGAGGAUCAUGGUAUGGAGAUGAGGGGAACAACGAGUUGGUAGGCUCCUCAGGAGUUGUGGUUUAUUUAGGAAAAAAACAAAGAAUUUUUUCAACAUUUGUGAUUACUGGAGCACUUAAGAAGUUUAAUCUGAAAUUAUUUAACACACAUUGUCUUCUUUGCCUUGAAUAAGAACAAAGAAUAUGUACCUUCUCUAGAGCCUUGCUGUCCUGUGGUUUGUACUUUAGAAGUGCCUGUCUCGUUAUUGAAUUCCUUCCUGUUUUUUUUUUUUAAUACAGUGAAACCUGUGAGAGCCGAAACUCAGCAGGACUGCUUUGUUUUUCCAGGUCACACAAGUUUCCACCUUUGAUAGGGUGCAGUCUUACCACUUUUCUUUCACUCUCCAUUAGAGGAAAAUACUGUGUUUUAGUUUUCCUUCUCUGACAGGUUUCCGCAUUGCCAAGGUUUCAGCAUUCUGCGGCUUUACUGUACAAUAUUUUCCUGUGUUUUUGGUGAAAGUUUACACAGCAGAUCAAGCUCCCGUUCGACAAUUUCUACACAAAUCGUGCAUUGACAUCAGUUACAUUACCUCAUCUUUGUUUUAAAGAACCUGAAUUCUCAUCUUCUUUUUCAACUGCAUGACCUGGGGACCACGAUUUUAAACCCUCACCCUACCUUAGGUAAGAAGAAAACAUUUUAAAGAAUUACAGAGGCAAAAAACAUGUAUAUAUAAAUAUCUGCACAGUGAUUAAAAGUGCUGUUUUAUUAUUGGGCUUUCCUUUGUAAUGUCAGGCCUUCAGCACUGUUAAUCUGAGUUCACUGUUCUUUCAUCAUCCAAUUGGAUUCAAAAUUGUUUGGAAGUAAUCAACCUCAGACAGCUUAGGAUAGGUGGAAAGAAGAUGGUGACAAGACAGUAGGAGAGAGGAAGGUGGGAAGAAAAUGAGUGAGUGUCGAGUCUAUUAUUACAAGUCAAUAGUGAGCUAUUGGCUGUUUGCUGUCCUUAUCGUUCCGCCUGGGUAUGGCCUCAGCUUCUUCAGCCUUGUUUUUGGGUACCAUUGAGUCCGUUCCAUCUCAUAGUGACCCUGUGUACAACAGAACAAAGCACUGCCUGGUCCUGCACCACCCUCAUGUUCAUUGUUAUGCUUGAGCCCAUUGUUGCAGCCACUGUGUCCAUCUCGUUGGGGGUCUUCCUCUUUUUCACUGACCCUCUACUUUACCAAGCAUGAUGUCCUUCUCAAGGAAUGAUCCCUCCUGAUAACAUGUCCAAAGUAUGUGAGACGAAGUCUCACCAUCUUUGCUUCUAAGGAGCAUUCUGGCUGUACUUCUUCCAAGAGAGAUUUGUUUGUUCUUUUGGCAGUCCGUGAUAUAUUGAGUAUUAUUUGCCAGCACCAUAUUUCAAAGGUCAAUUCUUCUUUGGUCUUUCUUAUUCAUUGUCUAGCUUUCGCAUGCGUAUGAGGUGAUUGAAAAUACCAUGGCUUGGGUAGGUGCACUUCAGUCCUCAAAGUGACAUCGUUGCUUUUUAACACUUUAAGGAGGUCUUUUGUAGCAGAUUUGCCCAAUGCAGUGUGUUGUCUGACUUCUUGACCGCUGCUUCCAUCGAUGUUGAUUAUAGAUCAAGUAAAAUGAAAUCGUUCACAAUGUUUUCUCCUUUUGUCGUGAUGUUGCUUAUUGGCCCAGUUGUGAGGAUUUUUGUUUUCUUUAUAUUGAGAUGUAAUCCAUACUGAAGGCUGUAGUCUUUGAUUUUCAUCAGUAAGUGCUUCGAGUCUUCUUCACUUUCAGCAAGCAAGGUUGUGUCGUCUGCAAAAUGCAGGUUGUUAAUAAUAACUCUUCCUCCAAUCCUGAUGCCAUGUUCUUCUCCAUAUAGUCCAGCUUCUCGCAUUAUUUUCUCGGCAUAUGAUUGAAUAAGUAUGGUGAGAGCAGACAACUCUGACACACACCUUUUCUGACUGUAAACCACACAAUAUCCCCCUGUUCUGUUCAAAUUACUGCCUCUUGAUCUAUGUACAAGUUCCUCAUGAACACAAUUAAGUGUUCUGGAAUUCUCAUUCUUUGCAAUGUUGUCCAUAAUUUGUUAUGAUCCAUACAGUCAAAUGUCUUCACAUAGCCAGUAAAACAGCCUCAGGCAAUUUAUCAUAGUAUUUGCUUCUCUUUGUCUCUGCCUCUCUCUUUCCCUUAUUAUCAUGUGAAUACCCAGCUCUUCAUGGGAUGUAGACUGGCUUACCCUGUGUAUAGUAUUUUGUCUCAGUCUCCUAGUGCUGCCAUAACAAAAUACCACCAAGUAGGUGGCUUUAAAGAACAGAAAUUUAUUUUCUCCACAGUUCUGGAAGUUAAAAGUCCAAAUUCAAGGCGUUAGCAGGACUGUGUUCCAUCAACUCUAGAGGAAGGUCCUUCCACAUCUCCACCCCGGCGUUCCUUGGCUUUCCUUGGCUUGUAGUUGUAUCUUCACAUGGUGUCUGUUUUCCCGCUGUGUGUGACUCUGACUCCGUGUCUGUCCUCCUCUUAAAAGGCAUCAGGCAUAUAGGGUUAGGACCUACCCUACUUCUGUGUGACUCAGCUGAUAAUCUUCAAAGAAAGACCCUAUUUCUCCAAACAAGGUCACUUUCAUAGGUACAGGGUUAGGAUUUCAACAAGUUUUUUUGAGGGACACAGUUCAAUUUAUAACAGUAGGUAUUUUGAAUUGAAUUAAGUGAAAAAUGUACCCUUUAAAAGACCUAAAUUACAAUUAAUAACCAAAGUUUUAUAAGAGAAAUAUAAAUUGCUAUUCUUGCGGUCUUCAGUUUGGAAAUUCAUUGUUUGAAAUGAGGAUACACUUGGUAGCUUUUUGAUUGUUCUAAUUUUGGUUUUGUUUUUGACACAGAGGAAAAGAAAAUACCUAUAUAGUAGAUUUUUGGGAAAAAAACCUUUUAGGUUAAUUUUCAGAAUGUGAAGGGAGAGGAGAAGAAAACCUGGAUAUUAAAGUACAAGCUAAUGACUGAGAAGUAGAUAAAUUCCAGGAUGCCUAUGCUUCCAAAAGGACGCAUGUUUAUAUGCAUUACCUUGCUUGUUCCUGCACUGACUGUUUUCUGGGAAUAUAUGAGGAACUGUUACAAAGUUAAUGCAGAGGAAAGGGGCUGAGGAACUAGGUGUGUCUGUGUCUGUCAGUCUAUUCCAGUGGCUGCCAGAGGUGCAGGGGAGGGCAGAAACUAGAGGGAAACUUGUACGUCUCAUUUUUUUUUUAAUCUUUCUGUAAAUUUUGAAUUUUCUUCCCAAGAAUAAGCAUUACUUUUGUUUAUUUAAGGAAACAGGGUUUAUCUGGAUGCUGGGUGGGGUUGGGGAGGGAGUAGAUUACUCUGGGCUAUCUCAAAAAGCUCUAUUAGUUUAAGAGAAUAAAGGAAAGAAAAAUAACUAAUUGGGAACGCUUAUUUAAUGUGAGUGACAGUAGUAGUAAAAUUAUUUUUUAGUUAAUAUCUGCUUAAAUUACACUGUCAAGCUUUAAUUGUUUGGAGCCCUCAGGAAAUUUAUUUUUCUGAAUAGCUGUGUUUUUCAAAUGAUGAUGAUUUCAUCUUUUUAAGAACAAAACUUAAAAUCUUAUUAAAAAUCUUUCCAAAAUAUAUUACAUUCCUCCCGCAAUCUUAGUGUAUGGAACAUAACCUUUUUUUUUUUUUAACCACCUUAGUUACUAUCAAAAACUCAGAUUGUACUGUAUUGCUUGUUCCUGCACUGUCUGGCCCCAGGAAUGAUGUGCUUUGGUUUUGUGUCUCUUUUCAAACGCUUUUCCUUGCUGUCAGUUCGAUUUCAACAGCUUGAUAGAACUGAAUUUCCUUGAAUCAGUUUUUCUCUUCCCUUACGAUUUCUCCCUUCUGAUUUGCUGUAAGAUUGGAAUUCAGAUUGAAAGAACUAUACGGUGGAGCCCUGGUGGCGCAGUGGUCAAGAGCUUGGCUGCUAACCAAAAAGGUUAGCAGUUUGAAUCCACCAGCUGCUCCUUGGAAACUGUAUGGGGCAGUUCUGCUCUGUCUGUAGGGUCACCACGAGUCAGAAUUGACUCGACGGCAACAGGUUUGGUUUUGGCUUUAGUGUAUAUGUAAAGUAGCAAAAAGGAACUAGGUUCUGGGUGAAAGUGUGACUUAGAGAAAUGCAUGAGCUUUAUUAGUUCCUUUACAAAUUCUCACUGUUUUGUUCUGCUCUUUUUGAGUCAUCAGUCUAAUGGGGCUUUAGUCUGUGGACUCUGACACUUGUUGGCUGCUGGAAGAUGGGAUUAUUUCCUGGUUCUUAGCAGUGUUCUAGUGUUACAGAUUGAAUGUGCUCCUAAGAAUAUCUGUUGAAGUCCUGGCCACUGUACCUGUGGAUGUGAUCCUGUUUGGAAAUAGGGGUUUUCUUUUGUUACGUUAAUGAGAUUAUACCAGAGUAGGAUCCUAAACCUAAUCACUCUGAGUUACCAAAAGGGCAGAAUAGACAGAGCAGAAAGACAGACACCAGACACAGCAGAAAGACAGACACCAGAGCAUGCCAGGGAAUGCCCAGGAACUCUGGGGCCACUGACAAGGGACCUGUUUUUAGAGUCACGCCCUGAGUUCAGACUUUCAGCCCCCUGAACUGUGAGAAAAUACAUUUCUGUCCUUUAGAGCCGCUUGUAUUUUUUAUCAUGACAGUGCUAGGUAACUGAGACACCUGAGUUGUUGGCUAGGAGAAUUCCAGGAUGGCUGUGUAUAUGAAAAUUCAUACUUGUAAAACAAAGAUUGUUUGCUUUAUAGAAAGGAUUCUAUAAGAUUUGUUGAGACAAAAGAUUCCUAUAUACAUUGAGUAUGUGAUAGGAUUGUAAAAAGUUACAUGUACAAAAGUUAUAUAAUUCAUGAAAUUUUAUCUGUGAAGCAACUUUUAUGUUAUUUUUCUUUUUUAGUACCAUUUUCAUCCACUAGGUGGAAAUCGUUACUGUACAACCUAUGUUGAAGACAUGUACAAUUUUUUAUACUGAUUAUAACAGCCUUUAAUAGGGAUGGAAUAAAAAUAUUUUACCAUGGGUUAGCUUCUCUCUGGGAAGGAAAUAGAUAUUGAUAUUAAUAGGUAUUUGGAAAAAGAAAAAUAGUUAAUGCAGUGACUUUUAUUUCUUCAUAAGUUAGCAUUGACCUCUCUUGCCUAAGAAGAAAUGUUUUGAGUUUUUUAUUUUGGGAUUUCAUUAUUGUUAAUAAUGUGAUGUUUAUCUUCAGCAAACUUAUCACAAGUUGACCUGCCUUUCCAGAACUAGAAUAGAUACUUGCUAUAUCUUUAAUUCUCUGCCUGGAUAUUUGACAGAUACGUAUCUUGCUGGUUUAGUAACACUGAUUUGAGAGUAAUAGAUGAUGCAUUGGGCACUGGUAAGUUCCUAACAAAUAAGGAAAUAAAUACCUUGCUAUGUGUGGUUUGUUUUUUUUUUUUAAUCUAUGGUAGUUUUAAAAUCUAUCCAAAAAUUAUUUGAUGUGUUUCUGUUCAAGAAGUGGUGCUUCAUUCCCUUCCCUUUGAGUGUGGCCGAAUUUAGUGACUUCCUUCCAAAAAACAGAAUAUGGAAGUAACAGUGUCAUUUCCAAGACUAAGUAAUAAAACGCAUUAUGGCAUCCUCCUUGCUCUCUUGGAUCACUCACUUUGGGGAAAGCCAGCUGCCAUGUCAUGAGGACACUUAGUUCUGUGGAGAGGACCUAGAGGUGAGGAACUGCAUAUUGUCCAGCCCAGCCAAGCCUUAAAUGACAGCAGUCCCAGCUGACACCUUGACUGCAUCCUCAUGAGACACCCUGAACCAGACUCAUCCAGCUAAGCUGCUCAUAAAUUCCUGACCCAAGAAACUGUGAGAUAAUAAAUGUUCUUUAAGCCACUAUGUUUGGGGGUAAUUUGUUACACAGCAAUCAAUAACUGAUAUACUGUAUAUGGGAAAAGUUGAAUGCUCUGGGUAGGUUGAGUGGUUACUUUAUAAGCACAGAACAUAGCCUCCUUAUUUAUAUAAAGUUAGCAUAAACUACCAUAUCACGUUUGUUCUCAGAGAAAAUCAGACCUGAGAUACUCUUGCCUUGAGGUUUGAGUCCUUGAUGGCUCAAAAUAGAACUAACAUCCCAAGGUACAGUUAGUAGGCCUCAAAUUUCAUUUCCUAGGAACAUCAGGAUCAAUUUUCCGGAACCCUGACAGGCUAGAUCCAAAAUGAAACCAGAUAAUUUGAGUAGAGUGUGCGAAUUCAGUGAGCUAAACAACUGUGCAUGGUUUCCUGGGUCAAUUCUUCUCUGCCUUAGCUGUUGAGUCGCUGACAGCUCAUUAUCAGGGUGGAGUGUUGACACUGCAAACUGGCUGCCAGGCUGUGAAAUGAGCACAGUGCUGUGGAAAUAACUAAGGGCCUUUCAGAAAGCGUGAGUUUGUCUGUCUUGCUAGGCAUUACUAAAGCCAAGCAAAGGUAAACUGCACUUCAAAUUAGCAAAUGGAAGCAAGCCAGCUCCCAAGUCCUCAUAAAAAGAAUAUGCUUGUGUUCAGGAUGCCCAUUGCUAGUCCUGUCAGAGCCACCUCUAGGAGAAUAAACCAAGGGCACUUACCAGGUCCACAUGGUAGGAGCCUGUGCUUAGAUUGUCAGCGGGGGAUUUGGGAGAGGAAAGUUCCAAAGGAGGACAUGGUAGUCUUUGCUACAACAGACUGGAAAUGGAGGAAAGGGAGUCAGGUGGGUUUUAGUCCUGAAGCUGCUUAUUCCUAACACUCGGGCAAACUCCAUCUAUGACCUGAGGGUUGUCAACUAAAAUUACAGGCUUAGCACUCAGGGAUUCUUAAAGGAGGCGGUGGGCCUUCCUUCCAAAUUCCUGAGGGGUGGAAAAUGGCUGUGAGCCAUGGACAGGAUGAUUUCAAGAGCUUUCAGCCAGACUCCCAUCAUCUGAGUCCCAAGAUAAAGCAGACAGGAUCGCUCUCCCCAUCUAGACAAUUUCUUGGACUCAGUGUUAAAUUUGGGGGAUUUGUUUUCCAUUUAGAGUUAACCUUGAUUUUACCUGGAGACAAGAUGUGAGAAGGCAAGCACAAUGUGGUUUGCCUUGGGUUACCUAUCUUAAACGGCCUCAAAGGAGGCUCCAGAACCCUUAAGAUGGAGCAACUUUUUACAUUUCCCACGGGUGAUGACAUUUUUUCAUAAUCGCCAAGCAUUUAGCUUUGCUAAAAAAAAAAAAAAAAUUUUUUUUUUUUUUUUUUACUAAAUGUCCCCAAAUUUUGCAGAAAGUCACCGGCUAUGUGUCCAGGUAAGAAGGUCUUGACUGCAAGUCACACCCGGAGAGAAAAUGCAGAGGCUUCAGGUGGCGGCAUGCUGGAGGAUCAAGUGAAGGAAUAAGAUAUGAACGUACUUCACCAUCUCUAACCAAGUCAGGCUGUCAGGCUUGCUUCAAAAACCAGCUGAACAUUCAUUGUAAACAAAGGGAACUUCCUUUAACCUGUACAAAGGUGUCCUUGGUUGCUAAGGCCUUCCUUGGAUUAAAGCUCCAUGUAUUACACUCUUGCCAGGCAGUGUGCUAAGCCUUUGGUAUGUACUAUCAUCUCAUUCUCACAGCUACCUACAAGGAGUACUAAUACUAUUGCUCCCAUUUUUCAGAUGAGGAAACAGGCUUAGCUUGUGACUUCUCCAAGGGUCAAGUAAAUGGCUGAGCCACUACUUGGCUUCAGUCUAGUGUGUGACAAAGCUAGCGUGUCUGGAUCCAGAGUCUAUGCUCUUAACCACUGCACUAGACUCCCUUGAGAAAGAUCAUAAACCGUUUCGCUGGAGAGUAGAUAACUAUUGAACGUAGAUUUUCCUGGAGCUAUUAAGAUUAUUUAAGACACCUCUACAAUGCUCCGCAUCCUACCAGACCAUUUCUUUGUCUGUAAAAGAGGGACGAUGACACAAUAUACUUCGGAGAAGGCAGUUGUAUCAGAGUUAACAGCAUAAAGUUGAUCCUCAUUGUUCACAAAUCUGUAUUUACAAAUUUGCCUGCUCUCUCAAAUGUGUUUGUAACGCCAAAAUCAGUACUCAGUGCUUUCACCGUCGUUGCUGGACACGGACAUGCGCGGAGUGGCAAAAAUUUGGAGUUGCCCCCACACAGGGCUGGCUUGAUAUUUGCUUAUUCAGUGUUUGGGGAACUGUAGAACAUAGCUACCAUGAAUCACAAGAAUUUAGUUAGAGCACUGCCUGGCACAUAAUAAGCAAUGAUGUGUUAGGUGUUAUUAUUAUAGACAGAAGAGUUUUAGAGAUGCUUUCAAGAAUAAGUUACUGUUGUAAUGCUAGCUUGCCAUUUGUCCUACAUAAAAUUCCCUCGUGCUCAUACAAGAAGAUCAAUUAUUAAGCAGAUCAGCUUAAAGUCAGUGCCUGCCCCCCCUGCCCCCCCCCCGCCUUUAAAAAAAAGAAUACACAACCUUAGAAAGCUGUUUUGCCUCUAUGGCAAAAUACAAAUCUCAAAUAGAAGAAAUUUGUUCUAAUUUUUAGGCAAAGAUUGAAUGUUCAUGUAGAGGCAGUUUAACUUUACUUAGAAAUUAUUUUCUGAUAGAGUCCUGAUGGUGCACUGGUUAAGAGCUCAGCCGCUAACCAAAAGGUUGGCAGUUCGAAUCCACCAGCCACUCCUUAGAAACACUGUGGGGCAGUUCUACUCUGUCCUAUAGGGUCCCUAUGAGCCAGAAUCGACUCAAUGGCCAUGGGUUUGGAUUUUUGUUUUUUAUUUUCUGGUUGAUGAAAUACAAGUUAGGAUAACUCCUUUUGUACAAGCACACACUGAAAAAAAUGUUUCUGUAUCAAAAUAUAGGCCAAAAUGCUGGCUGAAAUUGAGUGGCAAAAAGGUAAGAAUUAAAAUUCAUAACCAAAAAAUUAUUCUUGCCAUGCAUGGAAAGAUUAAAAAUAUUUUCCGCCAUAGAACUGAAUUUCUCACCUGAAAGGCUACCUUGGACUUACUCAAUUUUCGAGCUAUAAGACAUCAGAGCAGUCUUGUUUUGCAUUUGAGGAAAAUGAGCUCCACAGAAAGGGACUGGCUUGUCUGAGGUCACCAGCUAGCCAUGGAAAUAGGCCUGCAAUGUAGGUUUCCCAGUCUUGUCCAGCGACCUAUGGCCAGCUUGACACUAUUCAUGCAGCCCUGACAGUCCAGCUGCUGCACCUACCCUUCUCAGAAGAAAGGCUUGGGAGGUGAGGCAAGUGAACAUUGUCAAGGUGCCUGGGGUCUGCCCGUUAUGAAGCCAAAACCAAACCUGCUGCCGUUGAGGCAAUUCCUACACAUAGUGACACUGUAGGAUAGAGUUGCCCCAUAGGGUUUCCAAGGAGCGUCUAGUGAAUUCGAGCCACCGACUUUUUGGUUUGCAGCGAAGCUCUGAACUACAAAUCCCUUUGAUACUGAGCUCUUUGCAAAGCCCAGGAAAAAAACCCCAUUGCUCUCAAGUCAAUUCCAACUCAGAAGUGACCCUAUAGGACAGAGUGGAACUACCUCAUACAGUUUCCAAGAAGUGCCUGGUAGAUUUGAACUGCUGACCGUUUGGUUAGCAGCUAUAGCUCUUAACCACUACACCACCAGGGUUUCCUGCAAAACCCAGAGUCACGUUAAAUUUGGUCACUAUGAGUCAGAAUCGACUUGACGACAAUGAGUUUGUUUUAGUUUAUAGACCUGAACCUAAGCUGUGCAUUCACAACAUUUAAAAACAAACAAACAAAAGAACUGUCUGGAUUCCCAGAAAUUGUGAUUUAAUGUGGCAUCAAGAAUUUUAAAAGGCUUUCCUGAGGAGAAUUUUUUUUUAUUGCACUUUAGAUGAAGUUUUACAGAGCAAUUUCACUUCUCAUUCAACAAUUAAUACACAUUGUUUUGUGAUAAUUGGUUACCAACGCCAUGACACGUCAACACUCUCCCUUUCUCUACACUGGGUUCCCCAUUACCAGCUUUCCUGUCCCCUCCUGCCUUCUCGUCCUUGCCCCUGAACUGAUGUGCCCAUUUAGUCUCGUUUUGUUUUAUGUGCCUCUCUAAUCUUUGGCUAAAGAGUGAACCUCAGGAGUGACUUCAUUACUGAGUUAUAAGGAUGCCUGGAGGGCCAUACUCUCAGGGUUUCUGUAGUCUAUGUCAAACUAAUAAGUUUGGUCCUUUUUUUGUUGAGUUAGAAUUUUGUUCUAGAUUUUUCUCUAGCUCUGUCCAGGACCCUCUAUUGUGAUCCCUAUCAGAGUAGUCAGUGGUAGCCAGGCAGCAUCUAGUUGUGCUGGACUCAGUCUGGUGGAGGCUGUGGUAGUUGUGGUCCAUUAGUCCUUUGGACUAAUCUUUCCACUGUGUCUUUGGUUUACUUCAUUCUCCCUUGCUCCAGAUGGGGCGAGACCAGUGGAGUAUCUUAGAUGGCCACUCACAAGCUUUUAAGACCCCAGGUGCUACCCAUGGAAGUAGGAUGUAAAACAUUUCCUAUGAACUGUGUUAUACUAAUUGAGCUAGAUGUUCCAAGAGACCAUGGUCCCCAGCCCUCACCCAGUAAUUCGGUCCCUCUGUAACCUGACAUUUCAUGGUCUGCUCCUUGGCUAGGAAGACACAUACAGUAGAUGAAAGCGAAUGAGGCUGCUUUAUUAAGUUGCCCAAGUAAAGGAGCACACCAGGUCUUGGGUCACCAAGGUGUCUCCCAGAACAAUAGCCCAAGGGUUUUAUAUGGAUAAAGUAAAUUGGGUCUGGGGUCCCCAGGAACACCCCAGGGUGGGGCCAACUUGUUGAUUGGUUUGAGAGGGUGUUCUUGGGGCGAUCUGAUCUCAGCCUGUUCAGUCUGAAGGGUGGGCGGGCCACAAACAUGGCGUUUUGCCCAUAUCCGGGGCAUAGACGGGGGUGUGUUUUUCGGCUUCUGACAGCAAUAAGUCGUUUGAGUGGCAAGGUCAUCGGUACUGCGUAGUUCAGGCGGGCCUGAGCUGGUCCAAGACGGUUUUAGCUGGACCGACGACCCCAGUCUCUUGUUUUCUUUAACCCAGUUGGAACCGAAAGUAUACCUAAAUAAGGAGAUAUUCUAAAAGCGGAGGUUAGUUCCUGUUUUGCCUAAUAAGGGGAUAGCUUACAGGCUGGGAGUUAACUAUGUUACUGAAGAUGGCAGGCUCAGCCCCUUGGCAGGGCCCUUUGUUUAUUCAACGUGGCUGCUGCACUGCCGGUCUCAUCUCCGGAGUUUGGAUGUGUCUGUGAAGCUUCCGUGACCUUUCCUUGGUUAAGUUGUGCUGACUUCCUCAUCAUUGUGUACUUUCUUACCCUUCACCAAAGUUACCACUUAUCUAGUUAGUGUUUUUCCUUCUCCAUUCUUCCUCUCCCUAGUAACCAUAAAAGAUUGUAAACCUUUUCAUGAGUUUUUAUAAUAGUGGUCUCCUACAGUAUUUGUCCUUUUGUGAUUGACUUAUUUCACUCAGUAUAUUGCCCUCCAGAUUCAUCAUUUGUUCUUCAUUGUUGUGUAGUAUUUCCUUGUGCGUAUGUACCAUAGUUUGUUUAUCCGUUCAUCUGUUGAUGGACACUUAGGUUGUUUCCAUCUUUUUGUUAUUGUGAAUAAUACUGCAAUGAACAUGGGUGUGCAUAUGUCUAUUCAUGUGAUGGCUCUUAGUCCUCUGGGAUAUAUUCCUAGGAGUGGCAUUGCUGGAUCAUAUGGUAUUUCUAUUUCUAGCUUUGAAAGGAAGCGUCAUAUCAUUUCCAAGACUUGUAUCAUUUUACAUCCCCACAAGCAGUGCAUAAGAGUUCCAGUCUCCGUGCAACCUCUCCAACAUUUGUUAUUUUGCUUUUUUUUUUUUUUAAUUUGUGCCAUUAAUUUUGGGGUGAGAUGGUAUCUCAUUGUGGUUUCGAUUUGCAUUUCUCUAAUGGCUAGUCAUCGCGAGCAUUUCUUCAUGUGUUUGUUAGCCACCUGAAUGUCUUCUCUGGUGAAAUGUCUGUUCAUAUCCUUUGCCCAUUUUUUAAUUGGAUUGUCUUUUUGUUUUAGAGGUGUUAGAUUUUCCUAGAGUAGAACUUUGUCAGAUUUGUCUGUAGAUUCUCUUUUUACUCUUUUGAUGAGCAUAGUAUUUAAUUUUUAGAAGAUCCCAGUUAUCUAGGUUAUUUUCUGGUGUUUGUGUAUUGCUACUUAUGGCUUGUAUCCUAUUUAUGCUGUGUAUCAGGGCUGCUGCCAUGUGUCAUUGACCUUAUUUUUUCUUCUAUGGCCUUUAUAGUUUUUGGUUUUAUAUUUAGGUCUUUGAUCCAUUUUGAAUUAGUUUUUGUGUAUAGUGUAAGGUAUGGAUCCUGUUUCAUUUUUUUACAGAUAGAUAUCUAGUUGUGCCAGCAUCAUUUGUUAAAAAGACUGUCUUUUCCCCAUUUGAUGAACUUUGGGCCUUUCUUGAAGAUCAGGUGACCAUAAGUGGAUGGAAGGAGAGAGAACUUUUAUGUGAAUCACAGAUGGAUUCCAUUUUACCCUCACUUCUGUUGUAGUUGGGAAUUUUAAAGGUCUUCUGCUAUUGUGUUGGAUUUAAAAAAAAGCGUUUUUGUGCAUUUUGUGAUGGGUUUAUGUUGGAGAGGGAGGAUGUGUCAUACUGGUUGGAAGUGAAGAAAGGUUGGUGUGGACAAGUUCCUCAUUCAGUACCUUUUCAGCACCUACAUGUGUGGUACUGGACACAUAGAGAUGAGAAGGACCUACUCACUGCCCUCACAAAGCUCUCAGUCUGGCAGACUGGAGACCAUGGUGAACUGACAUUGUCCAUUUUUUUGCAACCAAAAGCACUUUGAUUGAGGCACCUAUGUGGAAGGCACUGUGCAAAGUAUUACGUAGUGAUCCUCAGCUAAAUGAGGUGGUGUUCCUGCCUUCGUUCCAGUGGUGUGGGGUAAGACAGCCAUUCGGCUCUAGUUCAAGGUAGAAUAUGAGAAAUAACAAAAAAGGGUUUGGACCAAAGUGCCUUGGGAGUUCAGAGGAGAGAGUUACAUGCCAUCUGUGUGGGUGUGUGUGUGGGUGUGUGUGUGGGUGUGUGUGUGUGUUUUGGGUGGGGCUGGUGUGAGUAUCAAGGAAGCUUGGUUCAUGUGUUCAUUCAUUCCACAAACUCACUGAGCAGUAACUAAGUCCCAGUGUGCUGCCAGGUGUUGGGGUGUUAUGAUGAAGAAUCCUUAGCCAUCAAAGGGCCUCCAGUCAAGUGCAGUGGAACAAAAACAGAUAAUAUAGUAUUUCUCCAGUUCUAAGUGGUGCUGGUUAUAACUUGUACCCUGAUUUCAGAGAUGUUAAAAUUUGUAAAAAGCUAUAUUUUAGGAUUAAUGGAGUAUGGGUAGUGUACUUACUAUGGACUAUGCCCUGUUCUAUGUGCUUUACAUUCAUCAAUUCAUAUAAUUUAUUUUAAAAAAGGCAAUAGCACACAGUGACAAGGGGCUUGCACAGAAGCUCUUGGGAAAUGUGAGGAAAUGAAUGAAUGUAUCCUAGAAGAAUAAACCCUCUGUCCUCCAUCCUUACCCCAUUUGGGGAAGAGAUGCCUUCUCUAAGAACAUAGAUACUUACAAGUAGUAAUAUUAGAACUUUAGUGUAGCCAAGGAAAUAGCCACUAAGAGAUGAAAGGCUCAGUAAUGGUCCCAUUUUUGUUAUUUCCACCAGGUCCAAAGAAUUACGGUGCUAAAGGUAUUGUUUGUGUAUGUAGUGGGGUGUCGGGAAAGGAGGAGGGAUGCAAAGAACCAAAGAAAAUGUUUCCCUUUUGUAUUAUUACUCAGAGUGCUAAUUCCAUUUUGAGGGGGUGGCAUUGCAAAUUGUGGGUGCUUAGGAAAACAGGAUUUUUUAUUGCAUUAAGGGUUUGUUCUACUAUUGAACGUAAAGAUGCCACAAUGAAAACUGAACUUAAAACAGAAUUAAGUACCCUUUCCCUCACUAAGGCUGAAUUACCAGAGAUGGUGUAGUUCUUUCUUAUCCUUCAUUAUUGUUUUUUCUAUGUUUUGAUAUUUUAAACAAUGCUUUAAUUUAGACUGGCUUCUUCCUUUUAGUUCAAAAAUCAUGAGGUUGUAUUUCUCAAGACAUUUGAAAAGAAAUACUGUUUUAUUAUUCUCAAGCACACACUGAAACUAGAACAUAGAUUUUGCUAAGCGGAACCAUAUCUAGACCGAUAAACCACAUCAUGAUAAACGGAGAAAACAUUGAAGUUAUCAAGGAUUUCAUUCUUCUCGGAUCCACAAUCAACACCCAUGGAAGCUGCAGAUGGGAAAUCAAAAGACACAUUGCAUUGUGAAAAUCUGCUGCAAAAGAUCUCUUUACAGUGUUAAAAAGCAAGGAUGUCACCUUGAAGACUGAGGUGCACCUGACCCAAGCCGUGGUGUUUUCAGCUGCCUUGUAUGCAUGCUAAAGCUGGACAAUGAAUAAGGAAGACCAAAGAAGAAUCGAUGCCUUUAAAUUGUGGUUUUGGCUAAGAAUAUUGAAUAUACCAUGGACUGUCAGAAGAACGAACAAAUCUGUCUUGGAAGAAGUACAACCAGAAUGCUUCUGAGAAGCAAGAAUGGCAAGAUGACAUCUCACAUACUUUGGACAUGUUAUUAGGAGGGAUCAAUCCCUGGAGAAGGACAUCAAUGCUUGGUAAAGUAGAGGGUCAGUGAAAAAGAGGAAGACCCUCAACAAGAUGGAUUGACACGGUGUCUGCAACAAUGGGCUCAAGCAUAACAAUGAUUGUAAGGAUGGCGCAGGACUGGGCAGUGUUUUGUUCUGUCAUACAUGGAGUCGCUAUGAGUCGGAGCCAACUCAAAGCCACCUAACAACAACAACAACAACAAGCGGAAUCAUCUGAGGAGGCUUGACAAUGGGCACAAAAUAAUGAUGUUAUCCUGUUAGAUGUGAAUGGCAGUUUCUGGAAUGCUUGAGAGUACAGUAAAGAGUUUAUUCCAAAGCAAUUCAAAUAUUGCCAUCGUGAGAUUAUCUAAAAACUGUUUACUUUACAGACCUUUUUGUUAUUUCUAGUGAAAAACGAAUUUGUUUAUUGCUAAAGCAAUUUUCAUUGUGUCGCAAUUAGAAAAUGAAAGUAGGCAAAAGACAGAAAAUAACAUUGGUGAUCAUACCACAGAGAUAAUCACGUUUAACACCCAUGUUCAUGUGUGUUCUUGCAGAAUUUUCUAACAUAUUACAUAUGUAAGUACAUACUUUUUGUUUUUUUCAAAAAUAUGACCAGCUUUACAAACUGUUUUGAAACAUGCUUUUUUUCCCCCAUAUCACAACAGACCAUGAUCAUCUUUCCAUGUCAGUAAACGCUCAUGUACGGCAUCAUGUUAAAUGGCUCUGUGUUGUCAAGAUGUGGGACAAUUUAUUCAGCCGGUCCAGUAUUUAUGUGGAAUUGUUGUCAUCGUAAGUAUAGCACCAUAGAAGCAGUAUCCUUGCAGCUAAGUUUUGUAUGUACAUUUAACUAUUUAAUAUCAGUGUCCAAAGGCAGAAGUGAUAUAAACAAACUGAUGUGCUGGCUUCGCCCCACUCUGGUAAGCUGCAUCAGAUUGUUUUAAACCCUGCGGACGUGAAGUGCGGCCUGUGCUGAGCAAGGAUAUUUGCUAUGAUAGGUACUUUCUGGCUCAGUAACUUUGCCUCCUCCCCGAGGUGGAUUACCCAGUAAGCAAGGCUUAUCUGUGCUUACUUACUAUUCAGUAGUGGUCGAUUUUACCUGUCAAAGAUGUGAUGAAACCCGUGUGACAAUGUGCACUAUAGAUUAUGUUGUUAGGUGCCGUCAGGUCAAUUCUGACUCAUAGCAGCCCUAUAGGACAGAGUGGAACUGCUCCAUAGGAUUUCCAGGGAGCAGCUGGUGGAUUCAAACUGUGACCUUCUGGUUAGCAGACAAGCUCUUAAUCACUGUGCCACCAGGGCUUACAUUUAAAUCUUUACCUGUCAGGAAUUUAUUUUAAUGUAAGUUGUAGGGUGGGAUUUGAUUUGAUUUUUUCCAGUGGGCUAUGCUGUAUAAUAAGGAAACCUGGUGGCAAAAUGGUUACACUUUCUGCUGCUAACCAAAAUGUUGGCAGUUCAAACUCACCAGCCUCUUUUCUCCUUAGGAGAAAGAUGUGGUGAACUGCUUUUGUAAAGAUUACAGAAACCUUAUAGGGCAGUUCUACUCUGUCCUAUAAGGUCUUUAUGAGCCAGAAUUGACUCAAGGAACCCUGUUUUACAAUACAGUUCUAAAUAAUCUGUCAUUUCUCCAUUGAUUUGAAAUGGCACUUUAGCUCAAUUUAACUUUAUGUAUUGGGUCAUUUCUGUAUAUUUUGUCUUAUUCAGAUGGUUUAAUUGUCAUCGCUUUGUAUUUUAUUGGCUGGUAAAGCUAGUUUCUCCUCAUCACUCUUCUUUUCUAGAAUUGCACUGGCUAUACAUCUUUGUUUAUUUUUCCGUAUGAACUUUGGAAGCAACUUGCCUAGUCUAAGAAGUAUUGCUACUGUUUUUAUUAAGGAUUUAUUGUAUUUAAAGAUUGAUUUAGGGAAAUUAACAUCUCCACAUUUUGGGGUCUUCCUAUCCACAAGCAAGAUAUAUGCUUCCAUUUAUUUAAGCCAUUGAGAUGAUUGUUUAAAUUAUUACAUCAUUUCAGAUUCCACUUUUCUAAUCCCAGCUGUUUCCUUGACAUUAAUUAGAAUCACUUGUCACUUAAAGUUUGAAGAUCCUUAGGAGAGAAGUGGGAUCCACAUUCAUUCAUUCAUUCACUCAUUCACUCAUCUAUUCAUUCAUUCAUUUAAAAAGUACUUGAGACCAAUUAUGUUCAGGCAAGGUGCUGAAGAUACAAUGGUAAACAAGUAAAACAAACAAAAUAUAUAUAUAGCCCCUGCUUCCACAGAGUGUACAGUCUUGUGGGUAUAUAAAUAGAUACUGAUUUUAUUCCCAGCACAGUUAUCAUCUCUUUAUCUUCUGG